AUGCCCCGCGCGGCUGUUGCCAUGGCAACGGGACGCGGCGAAGAUGGCGGCGGCGGGGGUCCCGCAGCGCUGUACGCGUGGUUGGACUCGGUGCCGCUGUCCCGGCCCCGCAGGAACCUGGCCCGGGACUUCAGCGACGGCGUGCUGGCGGCAGAGCUGGUCCGGUUCUUCCUGCCCGGCCUGGUGCAGCUGCACAGCUACGUCCCCGCCUGCGCCACCCCGCAGAAGCUCGCCAACUGGGCACACCUCAACCGGAAGGUGCUGAGCAAGCUCAACUGCUGCCUGCCUCCCGCAGCCCUGCUGCAGCUGGCGCAGGCCCGGCCGGGUGCAGCGGAGCGGCUCCUGCUGCUGCUGCGGAGCCGCAUCCAGGAGAGGCUGCAGCAGGGCCGGGAUCCGGGUGUCCCGGCAGCAGUGGGGGAGCGCAGCUACAUGGAGACGGGGCACCCCAAGGCAGGAGGAGGCAGCAGCCAGGAGUCUCCCAAUGCUGCUGGGGCUGUGAACCAGCACACAGAACAGGAGAAGGCGCUGCUCCUGGCACAGGAAACCAUCCAGAUCCUGCAGCUGAAGGUGCGCAGGUUGGAGGAGCUGCUGCGCCUCAAGGACGUGCGCAUCGACGACCUGAGCCGCCUGCUGCGGGAGGCCCAGCGCCGCUGAGCCCCCUGCUUCC